AUGUCUUUGGAAAUAGAGAAAGAACCCUUUCUUGGAAAUGAAAAACCCAUCAUCGCUGCUGCAAGUUUUGCUGCUCACAUCUACCGGCCAGUCCUGCAGCCCUCAGAAGUCCUCCCUCAGAUUGGAACCUACACGAUUAAAAACCCAAAGGGAGGACUAUGCAUCAAAGCUACAAUGGGAGCACAGUAUAUUGUCAUCAUAAAAAAGAAGAGCUGGUUUUUCAACUUGGACCCUCUUAAGGUUCUUGUGAGCGGGACCUGUCACUGGGAAUCAGCGGUCUUAUCCCUCACACUACCUGAUAAUGCUGCCACAAUGCAGUUCACCUUCAAAAAGGAAAAUAAUCAAUAUUAUGUCACCAAGCUGAGCGCUUCGUUGUCUCCUCAGCCUGUUUGCUUAGCAUGUGCUAAUAAGACUUACUUGGGUUCAGUGUCACCUGGCAAGUUGUUUGCAGCAUCAUACGGUCGAAGCUUUCGUUGCAAAUCUGCGAACAUGCUUUUGGCAUCUUCAGAAAUGAGUAUUAAGCUGGUAUCUCUUCAGAUGCAGGCAUUUAGUGUGCCCAAUGGACCUUAUGGAGAAGUGGAGGAAUGUUUGGCGGAUUAUAAAAAGAAGACGAUCCCUAUUAUCCUCUGGGGUGUCGCAUUUGGCUUUUUGAUGAUUGCAACAGUCACCUUCUUAUUGGUUAAAGAACAUCGUACAGAGGGCUACCAGAGACUCUGA